AUGGCUCAAGCUAAGAAGAUGAAUUUUUACAAGAACGCUCACCUGAAGCUUUCAGAACUAAAUACCAAGAACUUGCUGCUUCUCCUGCUCGUCACCGACGCCUGCCUUGUUCUCGCAGGCUUCGUUGGCUUCACCGUCAUUACUAGAGUUUUUGGUCCAUUUUCAUGCAAGGCCUUUAGAAGUGUUGUAUUUGAUAAGAAGGUGCUGCUCGGCAAAACCUGCCCUUUUCAUCACCUGAAAACAAUGCCAAAUUUGUCCCUCGCUUCAGUCUAUGCAGUGGUGGUGUUCUACGCUCUAUUAGUUCCCUUCGGACUAUAUUUCAAUUUUUUGCUUGUUAAACAUCUUCUUAAAAAUAAAAAGAAGACCCACUAA